AAUGAUAGAGUAACAUCACAUCUACAGUGUUUGAAUGGCUGUCUUUCUGUUGAAGUGGUUUUCAGCCUGUGAGGUGGUUAAAGUGGGGAGGAAAAAACCAAACCCUGAAAUAUCGUUGACUGGGUAGAUUUUUAAACAUGAAUCGUGCUUUUAGCAGGAAGAAAGACAAAACAUGGAUGCACACUCCUGAAGCCUUAUCAAAGCAUUAUAUUCCCUAUAAUGCAAAGUUUCUUGGCAGUACAGAAGUGGAGCAGCCCAAAGGCACAGAAGUUGUAAGAGAUGCUGUUAGAAAAUUAAAGUUUGCAAGACACAUCAAGAAAUCUGAAGGCCAAAAGACACCCAAAGUUGAGUUACAAAUCUCAAUCUAUGGUGUAAAAAUUCUAGAUCCAAAAACAAAGGAGGUCCAGCACAACUGUCAGCUCCACAGGAUAUCCUUUUGUGCUGAUGACAAAACUGACAAGAGAAUAUUUACUUUCAUAUGCAAAGACUCAGAAUCAAAUAAGCAUCUGUGCUACGUGUUUGACAGUGAAAAGUGUGCAGAAGAGAUAACUUUAACAAUUGGUCAAGCAUUUGACUUAGCUUACAGGAAAUUUCUGGAAUCCGGAGGAAAAGAUGUUGAAACAAGGAAACAAAUUGCAGGUUUACAGAAAAGAAUUCAAGAAUUAGAAACUGAAAAUGCAGAACUGAAAAAUAAAGUUCAAGAUUUGGAAAACCAGUUAAGAAUAACACAAGUACAUGCGCCUCCACUGCUGCACAUAAAGUGUGAUAAUGAUGAACAUAUGUUUCAAAGACCCUCUACUUUUUUCUGGUGUAACAAUGAGGAUUCACCUCCUUGUUUAGAUAUCUCUUCCAUUACGCUUACUCCUAGGAGUUCUCCUGACUCUAGACUACCACCUGGAUUGUUAAUACCACCACCUUCAAAGAGUGGUCUUCCAAAGCCUGCCAGUGAAUACAGCUGCCCAAGACCUCGUGCAGGCAGUGUGACACCUAAAUCACCCUCCACUGACAUCUUUGAUAUGGUUCCCUUUUCUCCCAUAUCCCCUCAGUCAUCAACACCUACUCGCAAUGGUACACAGCCUCCUCCAGUACCCAGUAGAUCUACAGAGAUCAAAUGUUUGCUAAGUCUUGGUGUUGGAACUGCCUGCUUUCAAUUGUCUGACCACAGAGAAGACUGUCAGCUCCUUUUAAAGAGAGAGACCUUUUUGGAGCAGAACCUUUUGACCCUUUUAGCUGUGGAGCAGGAGAUUUCCCUCCAGACAUUCAGUCCAAACUAGAUGAGAUGCAGGAGGGGUUCAAAAUGGGAUUAACUCUUGAAGGCACAGUAUUUUGUCUUGACCCACUAGACAGCAGGUGCUGAUGCCAAGAAAGUCAAUGUGAAAUUCCUCCGCAGUGGGUUUUUUAUUUUUGAACACGUACUCACAGAUACUAUCCAUGUGCCAAAAGUUGCUUUUUUCAACAUGUAAACUCUUGUGAGGCUUGCUUCUGUAAAAAUCCAACUUAGUUCACUCUUUCCCUGUACAAAUGUAAAAAGUUGUAUUUGUUUAUGAAUUAUGAAUUAAAUUACGCUGUUGUGUUUCUUUCUCUCACAUUUUGGCCCAAGUUUACUAUGCUUUAUGACUAUUAGCUUGGAGAAGUUCUUCAGAAAGGUCACAUAUACCUCCCUCCCUCUCUCUCUCUCUCUCUCUCUCCCUCCCUCUCUCUCUCUCUCUCUCUGCAAAUGUGCAGGCAUGAUUUUUACAUAAUACUUUAUACUUUACCUGGCAGCAUUUUUAAAUUAUGCUUCUAAAGCAUUAUUUAAUAUUCAAGCAGUAAAAUUAUUAAUAUCUACUACAAAAAAAUUCAAUUUGCAGAGAAAAAAACCAUAAAAUACUAACCAUUACUCUAUGCUUCAAAAGUAAAUCUCGAUGCAGUGUGACUGAUUUCCAUUACUGUGUGUGGUUACUAUGCUGUACAUAUGUUGUCAUUGGUUUAUACAGUCCAGAUUUUACAUCCUUCAUUCAUGUUUUAGAAACUAACAAGUUAUUAGUCUGCUGAUAAGUGCUUAAUGAGCCUAGAACUGCUAAAUUGCAGAAUGGACAAAUUAACUGCCCUUUAUUUUGCUAUUUUAUAGCUGAAGUGUAAAGUAUGUACCUUGGAAUCCAUUACAUGCUAGCCAUAACUUAAAAGGAAGAUUAUGGUCUUGCAUUCACUUAGGAACUUAUGAAAUUUUGUCUAUAAGCAGGCACUGGGCUCAGUUCUGGAAUUACUUUCAACACCUGAGUGUUUACAGCCAGGCUCAGUUGAGUAUUAUUUUUUUACUCUCUGUUUUAGUGUUCCAUGUCUUUAAUUUUGAGGCUUUCUGCAAAGAAUGCACUAUGAGUUAAUAAGUCCUUUGUACCCACUGGUUGUUCUUGUUACAGAAAUACCUGCACAUCAAAAUUCUCAGCUGCUGGUGAGAUGAAUGCUGACAUGUCUAUGCAUACUUUUCAUUAAUCUUUCUCAUAAGCAAUAAGAUACCCUCUUAAACCUAUCUCAGAAAAUUAUUAUCAUUAGUUCAAUUCAAAAGCUUUCAAACCUCUAGUAUUUUCCCCAAAAAACAUACAAAUAUGGAAAAACCCCCAAAAUUUUCAGGUUUUUUCUUUUUUACUUUUUUUUUUUUAAUAAGAGGAUUUUUUGGCAUCACUUACGGUUUUGUCCUUAAGCAUCACAGUUUACACCAAAAACACAUUUUUCAAAUUUGUUAUCACAUGUGUAUCUUUAUGCCUUGUUCAACAAAGUACUUGUGCAUGUACCUUUGGAGUGCACUAAAAGAAUGGGGUUAUUCCUUUGCUGGGUUUGACACAUCCUCAGGUACCUUGCUGAAUCAGGGCCUUAACAUCCUACAUUGCAUUAGUCUUCCUCUCUCUUGUAUUUUGGUCAUCAUUCAUAUAGAGUAUUAUAGAGAAAUAUAUAUAUAAAAAUAUAUUAAAUCACUAACAAAUAGAAUAGUAUAUGUUUCAUAAAGAAAAGUCUUUAUAAUUUUGUUUGUCAUACAGUAUUUUUGAAUUUGUAUAAUGAGGACGUUUAGUAGCCAUAGGAAUGGCCUUUUUUAACAAAUAGAAUUUGUAUUUUUAUUGUACUUUAAAAAGCUUUACAUAAUAAGCAUCUAUUUAGUGGUCAUUUACUAUCAAUGGUAACACUAAGAUAAUAUUUGCACAUUUUAAGAAACCUUUUUCGUUACUGAUUUUUAUGAUAGUUGACUGCAAAUGGCAUGGUUAAAUCUUACAUACUUGGUCAAUACAUACAAAAAUACUUAAAUCUACACAACAGUGCAUUUUUAAUUUUUAUGUGAUCCAAUUGGAAACUGUAUUUCUAUGUAAUCUCAAAUGUCUGUUUAAUUUUGCCUAAAAUAAAUGUUUUUAAAUAAAUUGCA